UUUACUCAGAUUCCUAAGUCUGUGUGCAGUGAGAGCUGUGGUCCUGGAUUCAGGAAAAUUUCCCUAGAGGGCAAGGCUGUUUGCUGCUAUGAUUGCACUCCUUGUGCAGACAAUGAGAUUUCCAAUGAGACAGAUAUGGAAAAGUGCAUGAAGUGUCCAGAAAGUCAUUAUGCAAACACAGAGAAGAAACACUGCCUCCAGAAAGCUGUGACUUUUCUAGACCAUAAGGACCCCUUGGGGAUGUCUCUCACAAUCACAGCUCUGUGCUUCUCUGUACUCACAACUGUGGUUCUUGGAUUAUUUGUGAAGCACAGAGACACUCCAAUUGUCAAGGCCAAUAAUAGGACCCUCAGUUACAUAUUGCUCAUUACACUCACUGUCUGUUUCUUAUGUUCCUUGCUCUUCAUUGGCCAUCCAAACACCACCACCUGUAUCCUGCAGCAGAUCACAUUUGGAGGUGCUUUCACUGUGGCUCUUGCCACUGUGUUGGCCAAAGCUAUCACUGUGAUUAUUGCCUUCAAGGUCACUUUUCCAAGGAGAAUAAUGAGGUGGUUAAUAAUAUCAAAGGCUCCAAACUUCAUAAUCCCCAUAUGUACUCUUAUCCACCUUGUCCUCUGUGGAAUCUGGCUAGAAACCUCUCCUCCCUUCCUUGACAAAGAUGCUCAUGCUGAACAUGGACAUAUCAUCCUUGUGUGUAACAAGGGCUCAUAUUUUGCCUUCCAUGGUAUACUGGGAUACCUCUGCUCCUUGGCACUUGGAAGUUACAUUAUGGCUUUCUUGUCCCGGAAUCUUCCAGACACAUUCAAUGAAGCCAAGUUCCUAUCAUUCAGCAUGCUGGUGUUCUUCUGUGUCUGGGUCACAUUCCUCCCUGUCUACCACAGUACCAAGGGAAAGGUCAUGGUGGCUAUGGAAGUCUUCUCUAUCUUGGCUUCUACUGCAGCCCUCCUUGGCUUCAUUUUUGCUCCUAAGUGUUAUAUCAUCUUAUUAAGGCCAGAUAAAAAUUCAGUUCACCAUAUCAGGAAUAGGCCACAUUCUAGAAGGUAA